AUGUCUUUAGACGUCGUGUCCACAGAACCGAAAACGUCAAUUGAAGGCGGGAUCUCCAAGGAUGAUGAAGAGCUCGAGGGUCUUGUCAAGCACGUCAAGGCAGUGUUUGAUAAUUUUACCGAGACGACUACAGUGGAGGAAAUGAGAGCUGGAUGGGAGACCUUAUUCCACGGCACGGUGCCCGUGGUCAACGCAACUCAGGAGAAGGUUAAAACGCCUCUUUUCCAGGCCGAGUGGAUUACAGCCCCCGAAGCUGAACAAGAUCGUGUCAUUGUCUACCUCCAUGGCGGGGGUUAUGUCAUCGGUUCCGUUGAGUCUUAUCGAGAUUACUCCGAACGACUCUCACGCGCCGCGAAGGCGCGCGUUCUUUUCGUGGAGUAUCGAUUGGCACCAGAAAACCCAUUCCCGGCUGCAGUAGACGAUGCCGUCCACGCAUACCGCUGGGUCCUCGCCCAGGGGAUCAAGCCGGAUCGUGUCGCAAUAGCUGGAGAUUCCGCAGGCGCCGCCCUUGCCAUGUCGGUGAUGUUCACUGCUAAGGACGCAGGGGAUCCGCUCCCUGCUUGUGCGGUGCCAAUCUCUCCUUGGGUAGACCUCGAGCACACGGCCAAGACGUUUGAGACAUUGGACUGCGUGGAGGCGAUGUGCCAUAAGUCUGUACUCAACGGAUGUGCGCAGCUUUACCUUGGAGACGACCGGCGCAAUCCUCUAGCGUCUUCCAUUCAUGGGGACUUCACCGAUUUACCACCGAUCUUUGUUACGGUCGGGAGUCACGAAACACUGCUUGACGACGCUCUCCAACUUGUCGACAAGGCAAAGGCUGCUGGUGUCAUCACAGAACUGCAAAUUUACGAUCGCCAAAUUCACGUCUUCCAGAUCUUUGCAAGCAGAAUGGCUGCAGCGGAGCGGGCCAUACACGACAUUGGUCGAUUCAUCAUAACGUAUACAUCAUACUGA